AUCUUUACAGUAGAGAGUAUCUUUUUAGUGAAUGCUUGGUAGCAAACAUGAGUAGUACCAAGAUAUUCAAAGUGUUGAAUAACUUUUUUGAAUUUUGUGGUUCAUUCUGGAACAAGUGCACUGAAUUUGCGUUGAUGGUGCCAGAGCAAUGCUGGGUAAAACUCCUGGUGCCUUUGUGCAAAUCAAGGCAGAUGGUACCAAGCUGUUCUAGUCGUCACUGUAUUCUUUACCGCCCUGUGCUUUCAAUAAAAAAUAAGAGAAAAUUGCCAGCUUUACUUAAGAAUGUCCCGAUGAAACAGUAAAAAUGACUGUCUGGAUUAAAUCUUGACUUAUGAGUAUGCAUCUCUUUGGUAUGCUGUAUAGUGUAGGAAAGUGCCCAUAAAGCAUUCUGUGACAUAUUUCAAAGUGUGAUGGUUGUCUUCAGGUAAAGCAGUGUGUGAUUGAAUUGUGAGCCGAACUGGCCACUUUUCUUAAUAGAAAACCAUUUUUGCUUGACAGACUGACAAUGAGUAUUCAUACUUGGAUAAUUGCCAGACAUAUUCUAAAACAUGAACGAAGUGAGCCUGUCACUUCAAGGAAACAACUAACAGUGUUUGUUGCCAAUUAAUUUGUAUUUACCACCAUGAGCUUGACAGCUUCCCCAUACUUAGGAAUUUUCUGAUGAGACCAGUGGUGAUAUUACCUAGUAGGACUUUUUAAUAUUAUAUAGUGAAGUGUGUUAAUAUUUGGACAAUGUGCAUAACUUACUGAACCAAUAAUUAUUUUAUAUUACAAUGCAAUAAUAAUGGAAAUAAAGUGCACAAUAAGUGGAAUGUGCUUGAAUCAUCCCGAAACCACCCCCUUUCCUCCCAGUCCACAGAAAAUUGUCUACCACAAAACUGGUCCCUGGUGCUAAAAAGGUUGGAGACCAUUGAUUUAAACCAUUAAAGUAAGUUUUAAUGUAGAAAAGUACAAAAAGUUCAUUGAUAAGGUUUCAGAUUCCGCAUCACAACUAACCUUUAAGAAGACUGACAACUAACCUUUAAGAAGUUUUGGAGUGGUAGCAAAGAUAAACAUCCAGAGUUAUUUGAAAAAAUGAAUAAAAUAACAUUUCCUGUUUUCACUGCUGUUUGGAUUUUUUUCCAAUUAGAGCAACAAGUUACAGAAGCAGAUAUGAAAAUCCAGUUUUUUUAUUUUAUCAAAGAGAAGUAUAAAGUUUAAAAUAAUGGCACUCCUUCCACUGAAUAUUUUUUGUAUUGGAAAACUGUUUGUUUGUUUGUUUGUUUGUUUUUGAGAUGUAGUCUUGCUCUGUCUCCCAGGCUGGAGUGGAGUGCAGUGGCACCAUCUCGGCUCACUGCAACCUCCACAUCUCCGGUUCAAGCAAUUCUUCUGCCUCAGCCUCCCGAAAAUAUAGUUAUUUUAAUAAUGAUGUUUAUGUUAACAUGUUUAUUGGUUUUAAAUGAAUUAAUAAAGAUGUUAAACAUUUAUUUGUUUUCUAACACUAAAUAUUAAUAGAUAUAACCAACAUUAACAGUAGCUUUUUGGAGUUCUCCAUUUUUAAGAGUAUAAAGGAGUUUUAAGACCAAAAAGUUAGAGAACUUCUGCCUGAAGAGUAUUAAGUUUAACUUGGCAGGAGUAAGAAGAAAAGCUACAUGCUGUAGAUGGUUGGAGGGUUUUUAAAUUUUGUUUUUGUUUUUAAUACCUAUGUGUUGUUAAAGCGAUUCUGUAAUAGAGGCAGUAUUGCUGCGCGGUGGUUAAGAACUAGGUUUUCUAGGGGAGUGGUGCUUGCGGUAGUGCUAUGAAGCACUCACCAGCUUGUGGCAUAUAAACAGCAAAAAAUGUUAGGUACUUAUAAUAGUGGAAUAAGAAGAACCAACUCCAUUGCGAACUGUCUGUGUUGUUGAACUAAAACUUCACAUUCAAUUAACAAUUUGUUGGGUGCCUCCUUCAUGCUUUCCCUCUGUGGAGAAAGAGAUGAAUACAUUUGUACCUGUUUUAUAUCUUUAGGGUUUCCUUUCCCCCGCAGCUCCAGUCUUUUUAAAUUUUUAAAUUAAAAAAACAAAAAACCCUUUUUAACUGUGACCAUUCAUUAUUUUGCUUUCGGGAAUUGGAAUUGUCUUUCAGUCUCGAAUGUUCUGGGAAAUGUUGUCUCUGGGCUUCCUCAAUAUCCCUUUGCACUUGCUGAAAUAAGUGACUGUAAGAAUCCAAGUUCUUGGCCGGGCGCGGUGGCUCACACCUGUAAUUCCAGCACUUUGGGAGGCCUAGGCGGGCGGAUCACGAGGUCAGUAGACUGAGACCUCCUGGCUAACACGGUGAAACCCCGUCUCUACUAAAAAUACAAAAAAAAUUAGCCGGGCGUGGUGGUGGGCGCCUGUAGUCCCAGCUACUCGGGAGGCUGAGGCAGGAGAAUGGCGUGAACCAGGGAGGCGGAGCUUGCAGUGAGCCGAGAUCGCGCUACUGCACUCCAACCUGGGCGACAGAGCGAGACUCCGUCUCAAAAAAAAAAAAGAAAAAGAAUCCAAGUUCUUACCUGGUUUCAGGUGCCAGCAGUGGCUACACUUAGUGUUCCUGUAAGGGUUGCUUGAGGAAAAGCUCAGGCCUUUCCCGUAAUGUUCCCUGGACACCUGCCUCAUCACUUUGGGCAUGUGCGGUAAAAGCAGAGAUGUGCCACGGUGAGAAGGUUCUCUUCUGCUCGCUUAUUUGAGAACAUUAGCUGGGGUGAAGGGCCUCAGGUGUCUUAUAGAUGCUGGGCACCUGGUGGGUCCAGUCACUGACCCCACAGAAGCCACCAGGCAGGUUCCACCUGUCUUGUUUUGGAGUAGUAAAGAGCAAAACCCUCAUGACCCAGAAAGAAUAGAAGAUGCUUGAGGGGAUGGGACACCUGAAUUGGCUUUGAAGCUCACCUGCCUUUUUUGUCGGAAGAGAUCUUCCUGUUCCAGGGGGCGAGUGAGUAGAGGCCACAGGUAUUUGAAAAGAAAAUGCUGUGCAUUAGGAUGCUGAGGCGAGUGGGGCAGAGCCCAGCCUUUGGCUGUUGGACGCCUGUCCUGCCGGUCCGCUUUCUGGGCAUCUCCCCUCGGCAAAUUCCAUCAGAUGCUAACUUCCACUCUGCGUCUUUCUCUGACACAGACCAUCCACGAGUCUUAAUUACAGGGGGUCUUGGCCAGCUGGGAGUGGGGCUUGCUAAUCUUUUGAGGAAACGAUUUGGAAAGGACAAUGUGAUUUUGUCUGACAUAAGGAAACCCCCUGAUCAUGUCUUUCACAGUGGUCCGUUCAUUUAUUCUGAUAUCUUGGAUUACAAGAAUCUUCGGGAGAUCGUGGUAAACAACCGCAUCACCUGGCUGUUUCAUUACAGCGCUUUGCUCAGCGCCACUGGAGAAGCAAACGUUUCCCUGGCGAGAGCAGUGAAUAUAACUGGCCUGCAUAACAUCCUGGAUGUCGCUGUGGAACACAAUCUGCAAUUGUUUGUGCCUAGCACGAUUGGGGCUUUUGGACCCACCUCUCCCCGGAACCCAACCCCCGAUCUCUGUAUUCAGAGACCCAGGACCAUCUACGGGGUGUCCAAGGUCCACGCGGAGCUCAUGGGAGAAUAUUAUCAUUACCGGUAUGGGUUAGAUUUCCGAUGCCUGAGAUAUCCUGGAAUCAUUUCAGCUGACUCCCAGCCUGGAGGAGGAACAACUGACUAUGCAGUCCAGAUUUUCCAUGAUGCCACAAAGCAUGGCAAAUUCGAGUGCAACCUGGAAGCCCGCACGAGGCUGCCCAUGAUGUACAUUGACGACUGCCUCAGAGCCACCCUGGAGGUCAUGGAGGCCCCAGCUGAGUCCCUUUCCAUGAGGACCUACAAUGUCAGCGCCAUGAGCUUCACACCCGAGGAGCUGGCCCAGGAGGUCCUCAAGCACGUGCCAGAAUUCCAGAUCACAUACAACGUGGAUGCCGUUCGGCAGGCCAUAGCGGAUGGUUGGCCGAUGAACUUUGAUGACAGCAAUGCUCGGAAGGACUGGGGGUGGAAACACGACUUUGAUCUUCCGGAGUUGGUGACUGCCAUGUUGAACUUCCAUGGUUCUGAAACCAGAGUUGCCCAAGCCAACUGAAAGAAUCUGGAAGAGGAGCUCCUGUGUCCUGGUCCACUGUCAAGGGAGAACUGUCACAACUCCAAGGUUAUAGACUCCAAGGAGCCUACAUUAUUUGGAACUGACUCAUUGGACUAAAUUUUGGCAGCUCGUAUUGAACUGCUAGACAAAGAAUGGAGUUAACAUUUAAGCAUUUUCAGAAUGUUGUAGGUAUGGUGGUGGGACUUUUUGGUUUUUGCUGUUUGCCUGAACUUGUCUAAACACAUUCCACAGAAUAAGGCUUAAGUCAUCAUUAGUUUCCAUUUCCUUAAUUAGGAUGAAGUGACUAUUUCUGGGAAGGUGGGAGUAUGUGACAUUUGUAUUUAAUUAAAUUCAUUUUGAAUAUU